UCCCGAAUAAUGCAGUGGGGCAAUCAUUGGUACAAAGGGUUCCCAUAUUCGCAACAUCAUCAGAUUCAGCAAUGCUUCGGUCAAAAUCGCUCCUCUGGAGCAGGACAAGCAAGGCGAGAACCAGAACCCUCAGCAGGAACGCAAGGUCACCAUCGUUGGAAGCCCUGAGGCUCAAUGGAAGGCGCAGUAUCUCAUUUUCGAGAAGAUGAGGGAAGAAGGUUUUAUGUCUGGCUCUGAUGAUGUACGGCUAACCGUGGAGAUCGUGGUGGCAUCGUCUCAAGUGGGCCGCAUUAUCGGCAAGGGCGGGCAAAACGUGCGCGAACUGCAGCGCGUGACCGGCUCGUUGAUCAAACUGCCCGAACAAUCGCAACAGCAGCAGGGCUCGCAGCAACAGGACCACGACACUACAGUCCACAUCGUCGGUCCCUUCUAUAGUGUUCAGUCAGCCCAACGCCGGAUCCGUGCGAUGGUGGCGCAGGCGAGCGCGCCGGGCCGCCGCCGCGCAGCCGCCGCCAGCGCAGCAGUAAACACUUCAGUCACCUCUGCAAUUCCCCCGCGCGCCCUCACUACCGUCUCACCCCUGACUCCAGCAGUUCCCGCCAGCAUCGGCCGGCCACUGAUCUUGUGAUCCGUCAUUACAACUGAAGAUUGCUAUUCGACUAACUCCUACAGCUGAGGCCACCCUAGACCACAACGGACACUUUGAUCCUUAGGCAGUAUCUCGAAUAACUGUGCAGGCAGGCUGUUAUGUUGGCAACACGUGUCCAGAUAUUGUUGUUGACAUAAAUAUAUUAAUCUAGUGAAUUUGUAAUUAAAUAAUAUUGAUAAAUCCAUAUUUUAUCCCGGUAAUUAUCUAUGUUGAUGAUUAAUAAUUGAAUAUAUAUUAUUAUAUAUAAUAUUAUUCAUAUACACUAUUUUUUAACGAUAGUAAUUGUUAUAUUGUUUUCAUACAGUUUCUCGGCUGCAUUAUAAGAGUUGACAUAUAGAUGCAAUAGUUAAUGAUUAUGUUCUCUAUACAUAAUAUACAAUAUACACAGGUUAAUAGCGAUAUCUAUAGUACCACACCUUCUUAUACAACUGAGAGCAUAUUUUGUUUUGUUAUUAUGUAAUAGAUUAAUCUGUUGAAGUCACUACACUAUAAUGUUAAAUAUUAUUUGAAGGGUGUGUGGGAUGUAAACCAACUUGGAAACGGAAAUUGUACACAACAUCGCUUUAAUGAGGAGGCUCAAUGGACUAACGUAUGCUUUUCACAUUAUAUUUUAGGAAUGUUUCUUGUAUCGGAUUAUUGGAAUUUCUGCAUGCUGCGUCGUAAAUCAGUGAAAUGAAUCGACGUGUGCCUUGGGUGUUUAGUAACAAAUCCAAAGUGAAAGCCGAUCGCAUGUCGAAUCGGCGAGAUUUUGUGACGAGCCUUGACUUGACUAGCGGCCGCCAGCUCUUGCGCCCCGCGGCCGCCUCCACAUCGAUAUUGGAGAUGAGAUCCACCGACGAUGGAUAUAAAUAUUUUUGAUAUGGUAGUAAUUGUUGGAGACUAAGGUAACCUUAUGAAUUUUAAUUUGUAAGUGGCAUUUGUUGAUCGUUUUCUUUGUAAUUUUGUCUUUGUUAGCUUUAUAGUGUUUUCUUGUAUUGACAAUCUAAAUGAAGAUUUUGAAAAUUAGGAUGAUACCUUAGCGAUUAAUGGUGCGAGUGUAAGCGUCGUAUUGUUUGGUUCUGUCGUGAUGUUUUAUUGAUUAUUAUUAUCAAAUGUACGAUUUGCGUUAUAAUUGUGCCAAGUGAGAUAUUUAAAUGAGAGUUUUAAGAUUAAGUGAAUAAUAUCAAAAUUAAUGAAAGCUUAGAUAUUUAUAUUUAUAAUUGUGAUAAAUAAUAUAUGGAAGUUUUGGCAAAAAUGUUACUAAGAAUGUUUGAACAUUCUUAUUUCCAUUUCCUCAACUUUAGGUUAGAUUGUAAUAAAAUUGUAAAUGGUUCGCGUGUAGGCGAGCAGGCAUGGCAGCAGGAACACGGUAGGGGGCCCGGGGCACGAAGCAGGACGCCCGCUGCCCACGCCACUGUCCGCUCCCCGCUCCCCACCCCAGCCGGGCGCCGCUCGCCGCUCGCCCGCACGACCCGGUACUUCGAUAUGAUGUCACUACUUGUUACAUCUAUUCCGUGUCCCAAGUGCAUCAAAAUAAUUCUCAUUUCAUUCAAUAACAAGGCCUUCACUUUUGUUAGAGUGCUGAGCGUAUAGAGGGGGUACAUGGGUACACUUAUUAAAUUUUAUUAUAAUAUUGACUUAGGUUCGAUUAUUAUUCACUGAUUUCCUGUAUAACGCGCAAGCAAUGUUUUACAUAAGUUACACAAAUAUCUGGGAAUAAAUAAAGCGAAUAGUUUGCCAUCGUUUCUAUUGCUUCCACAUAUUAUUGACAAUAAAUCUCACAUUUGGCAUUAUUCCUAACAAAUGAAAUUAUUAAAAAAUGUAUUAUUGUAUAUUGUAAUUUAUCGAUAAAUAAUAUUUUACAUUGAAAUAAAGUAUUAAAUGUUAUAUUGUAGCACAUGUACUGUUACCGAACCAAGUGUCUCACUGUUAGUUCCUGGAUUGUCAGAUUUCUAUCAAGCAUUUAUUGAUAUAGUUGCAAUAGUUAUAAAUAAUAAUAAUAAUAUUAGUCACUAUUCACUAAAAUAGCACAAGAUCCCACUUGGUUUAUAUAAACAGUAUGUGUGAAAUAUCUCUUACAUGUACUACUAAGUUUGGUAUUAUAUUUUGUAAAAUAUGCAAACCUACAAUGUUUAGUUUUACAAAAACGCAUCGUUAACCUAAUAUUACCACGACAGUGUAGCAGACCUAUAAAUAUGCCAAUGCAAUAAUUUUUUUUUCACUAGUUCAGUUGUGUUUAAUGAUUAAUUACGAAUUUAAUAUUGUCUUUGUGCAUUUUUCGAUGUAUUGGCAUAUUUUGCUUCUCACAGAAAUGUUAGGAUUAUUGCAAGUUUAUGCUAUUUCACUGUUUUUCAACAAAAUGUAACGAAAGUACAUUAUUUACAUGUUUAGUGUCGCACUUCAUACUAAUGUAUAACAUCAAAACGAGAAUAUUUGGGUAUCUCCAACGAAUCGAUUUCGCACUCCAAAAAUACUACACUAGAGAUUUGUUCGAACUUUGCCCACACGAUAUCCCGGUAAACGUGUUGUAAUAUUUGGCGAGGUAUAUUUGAUUGCGUAUUUGUGUUGGAGAAUCACUCGAUAUACGCUACGAAAGAUUAUAUUAAAAUAAACGGCCAUCAGCUUACAAAUUAAUUAAUUACAUCGUUAUGGGUAAUAUUGAGAACCUAACGUUAACCUAUAACAUAUCAGGGAAAACAAACGUCCACGAAAUGUUAAGCGCGGCGAAGUCAUGCUCAAUGACUGAAUAAUAUACAUCAUACAUCUUUGAAUUCAGACUGAAUUAUAAGCCUGUGCGCUGAUUUAAUAUAUGAAGCAUUUAUUGUGUAGGUAAACUUACUCCGACAUUUUACAGUCUUAAAAAUUACAAAACUGACAUCCAAGACUGAUACUAAAAUAACUCGGUUUUGCGACGACCCAUCUUUUGUCGUCGGACUAGUGAUGUGUGUCCAUGAUGUAACUGUCAGGAAGCCUAAUACCGUACCUAUUGCCUAUACGAAUAGAAACGGGUCGGGUAACCGCGAGCUGUUUGCUAACAAAUUGAAUUUGAUUGCUCUUUGCUUGGGUCACUUAAAACUUAAAAGUUCUGAAACAGGGAGAAUUCAUUACCUUAAAUUUUUAAGUACCCUCAAGAGCAAACAUUAUUAAUUCCAAUUAUUUAGUUGUUUUAAGAUAUUAGUUUCCAAUUGCAUGUUCGGCAUAUAAACAUUCCAAACUUAAUAACACCACAUGCUGAUUGAUUGAUUGUACUUUAAACCUUUACAGCAAAUACGGGAAUCUAAUAUCUUAAAAUAGUUGCAAUUAUUACUGUACUUAUCAUAUUAUUAUGGUAAAGUCUGGUAUUACAAUUUUAUUGAAUGCUAUAGUUAUUCAAUGUUUUUCAGCGAAUUUGUUACCUUUGGUAACUUAUCCCUUUAUUGGGAUUCUUAUAUACUUUUGCUUAUAUUUUAUUGUAUUGGAUUAAUAAUUAAUUGUUCAGCAUAAAAGUGUAAUUCGUUUUUUUUUUUCCUGAAGUUAGAUGAGUACCUGUCAUUGGCCAGGUACAAUAAUAAAAAUAAUAAAUUAACUAGUCCUGCAAACAUAAAAUUUGUUCAAUUCGCUUAUGUAAUAAGUUGUAUCCACAACAAUUUUAAAGAUAUAAAACUUUAAUUUUCAUGUAUAAUGAGAAUGUGGCGAUGUUAUUUUUAACUUUUAAAAUCAGGUUUAAAAAAAACGAAUUGUGUAAUGUUGGUGUACUAUUAUAAUAAAUUACUAAUAAAAAGAAAUUGGCUUUGUGUUAAGAUCGUUUGACGUAGAACAUUGAUCAGACGAGAGUAUGUUGAUCUGACACGAACAGCCAGAUUCCGCUUGCAUCGGCUAUCAAUGGAAUAAAUAAUUGGUUACUUUCACUACAACAGAAUGUACAUAUAGGCGCGUUGUUUAUUCCUUCCAAACGUGAGCAGGAGAGGGUACAUUAUGAUUUGUAAUGUUAGGAUGCAGAUGAUAGUUUUAGUUGAUUAAUUGUAUCGUUGUGAAGUAGUUUAAGUUGAGAGUAGGCGCAGGCGGCGCGUGGCCACGAGACUGAAUUACACCCCUGCCGUCGCGCCGUCGCGCCCAUUACUUACAUGUCAUUCAUAAGUUCAUUCUUGUUUGAAGAUGGUUCUACUGUUAUUUACAUUACAUUUUUAAUAUUACUUUCUCAUGUGUGUAACAACUAUUUUGUGUAUACGUGUGAACGGCUGAUAUAUUAUCUAUUUUAUUAAAUGCAUGAUUGUAUUUCGAAGAAUUGCAUCUUAUAAAUGAAAUGAAAUUUUUGAGGAAUGAUUAUAAUUGUAUUCGUCUACAAUUUUAUGUUAAUGAGAGUCGAGCACGCAUCGCCUAGUAAUUUUAUUUGGUUUAUUUCAAUUACUUGUUAACUUUGUGUUUAGUGGGGAAACGUAGCACUCAACUCUGUUGUAUUGAAGUUUCAUCGAGUCUAUAACUAAGUGUUUAUGUAUGUGUAUGUAUUUAUGUAUCUUACUGGAAUAUAACAGUGUGUCGGUGGAGUUGCGCGCGGACGGGCUUACCGAGCGGCUCGCCGGGUCGCGACCGCUUGUCAGAGGAGCCGCGUCCCGUCGCGUCACGUCCCAUUGUGUACUAGUACGUUGUAGUAUCACGCGGACCACUGAUACCUGUUAUUUUUUAGAAUUUGAGAAGCUGUUAUUGUUGCUUCUCAUGGGUGUAUUCAGGUUCCGAUACACAGUAUAAUAGAGUAUUGUUUUAUUUUCCAAUAACUGUUCAUACUGGCAUUAAGGCAUAUUCCAGCGAAAUUUUCUUUGAAUUUUUACUGUUACUUUUAGAACCAUUUUAUAAUUGGUAUAAGUUCUGAAACUAAUAACUACCUCAAUAUUACUAAAUGAAUAUGAUAAUUAUCUUUGUGCAUGUUUUUGGGAACUGAAUUUUAAAACGCAAAUUCAAUAUAGUAUAAGAAUGCUAUUUUAAACAUAGUAACAAAAAUUUGUGAAAAUUAGGUUUCUUAACGUAAUAAAAGUAAUGGAAAUUA